AUGUUUGGUUUUAAAAUUGGUGUAUUAAAUUAUAGAUUGGAUGAAAUACCCUAUGGUGAUUUUGAAAGAAAGACAAGAAUAGGACGUGGAGGUUUUGGUACAGUAUACAAGACAGAAUCAAAGUCAUUAGGUUACGUGGCCAUUAAGGAAGUAGAAUCAGAAACGGAUGAAAAAGUUAAAAAACUUUUUAUUAAUGAGGUUUAUCUUUCAACCACUUAUGCAAGAUUAUUAUCGCGGCUGAUGCUGAAAAUUUUGACAGGCCUUGUAGAUAAUUUGGGCAAAAUUAUAAUAAAAAAUUGGGGUUUCUAA